UGCUCCCAAGUAAAGUAGCUGCUUGCUUUUGUUUGUGAUUGUUGCUCUUCUUCAUCCUCAUGUGCAUUGCUGAGAGAGAAGGGAGAAACAGAUUCAGACUCAACUGAAGAAAUGCGUGAACAACUCUUCAGACCCUGCCAAGUAAAGCAUUUGCUUGACUAUGUACGGGACUGCUAUAUCCCUUCAUCAGCUAAUACAUCAUUGGGAAAUGAGGAGCUUGAACUUCCCCACAAUGUGACACAGCUUCGUGAAGCAGGUGUCAAAUUUGAGGUGGGCAAAGGCAGAUGCUUAUUGGACAUAAUUUUUAAGAAAGGAGUUUUGGCCAUCCCAUGUAUAAAUAUCCAAGAUUGGACACAGUCUCUCCUCCGAAAUAUGAUUGCAUUUGAACAAUUACAUUGUGUUGGCACUAAAUACAUCACGGAUUAUGCGACCCUCUUGGAUAGCUUCAUUGACUCAUCCAAGGAUGUUAUACUGCUACAUGAAUGCGGUAUUAUCAAAAGCUUGUUAGGAGAUCAUGAGCAGGUGUCUCUACUUUUCAACAAACUUGUCAAUGAGGUUAACAUUGAUGCUGGUGAUUUUUAUUUUAGUGAUAUCUGUCAAGAUUUGAAUGCAUAUUACAGGGUUACUUGGCAUACAUGGAAGGCAAAUUUGAGACAUACUUAUUUCAACAUGCCAUGGACAAUAAUUUCAGUUAUUGCAGCAGCUGUGCUGCUUGUUCUUACAUUCUUACAGACCAUAUACUCUAUCAUAUCUGCUAGUUGAAGCAUAUCUAUUGCUCAAAU